UGAUGUUUCUUACUCUUUAUUUUCCUUUUGGAGGACAAGAAGUUAGGCUAGAUGCAGUAAACUGGAAGAAAUGGAAGAAAGAAAAAUCAAGAGGAGGAGCCCCAAAUCAUCUACCAGUCACCCUGCUCAGGUCACUACCUCCAAGAAAAACUCAGUGCCCGUCAGUAAAAGUACAGCCUUUUCAAAUCCUGCACCUCAGCCUCCAGUACAAAAACCAAAGUUAAAACGCAUAAUAAAAGAGAAAGCCAAACCUCCAGGAGGCGAAGCAAAAGGGGCGCAAGCAGCACCAAUCCAGCAUUCUUUUCUCACAGAUGUAUCAGAUGUCCAGGAAAUGGAAAGGGGACUUCUGAGUCUCCUGAAUGACUUCCAUUCUGGCAAACUUCAAGCAUUUGGAAAUGAAUGUUCCAUCGAGCAGAUGGAGCACGUGCGGAGUAUGCAGGAGAAACUCGCUCGCCUCAAUCUGGAGCUCUACGGGGAGCUGGAAGAACUCCCUGAAGACAAAAGAAAACCAGCCAGUGACUCCAACCUGGACAGGCUGCUGUCAGAUCUAGAAGAACUGAAUUCAUCGAUCCAAAAACUACAUUUAGCAGAUGCUCAAGAUAUUCCAAAUAGUGCCACAGGCUGAAUUAAUGGCUUUGUCAAUUGGGAUUCUCCCAGAAGCUUUUCUUUUGUUUUUCCUGACAGUGGAAUUUGGAA